CGUGAUAAAACGACAGCCGACUGCCGACAGGAUACUAGGAUUGAACAUUUGAAAUUAUUAACCACUAUUAAAUAAUUUCUUCUGUUCUUCUGUGAAGUCUUAUUUAUUUUUUUUACGUCAAACGAAUAAAUAACUAUUACGUGAUGUCUAUCGGCGUUCCUAUUAAAGUGUUGCACGAAGCUGAGGGUCAUAUCGUCACAUGCGAAACAAUUGAUGGCGAAGUUUAUCGCGGUAAGCUUAUUGAGGCUGAAGACAACAUGAACUGCCAGGUGUCGCAUGUGACAGUUACGUACAGAGAUGGACGCGUUGCCCAAAUGGAGAAUGUGUAUGUAAGAGGAUCAAAAGUUCGUUUCAUUAUACUACCUGACAUGCUUCGGAAUGCUCCUAUGUUUAAAAGUAAAAUGACUAUGGGUGGAGCAGCAGGACGUGGAAAGAGUGGAAUGAUACGGUCAUCGGUUGGACGAGGUCGAGGACGCGGUGGACCUCCUAUGGGUCGUGGAGGACCUCCCAUGGGACGCGGUGGACCUCCAGCGGCUGGAUCAUGGAAUCAAAGACGUUAAUAUUAUUAAAUUACAACAAUAAUUGUAAAAAUAACACCUACUUCUCUUUUAAGGUUAAUAAAGGUUUUAAAAUAUCUUUUAA